ACGACGUCGUUGCUUGCGGUGGGGGUGGAGUGAAAAGAAGCCGCGGUCGCGAGGAGCCGAAUAUUUGCCCAAAAGAGGGCCUUCCGGUGACAAACAAAGCCGUGAUAGGUUCCUGGCGGGGGCGCUCUUCUGCCACUGUCAUCUGCAAAACUCAACUCUGCUCUUAACCGUAUUUCAUUAUUGCUGUAGUUCAUCACUUUCGUUUGGGUUCAGAAAAUAUGAAUAAUAGUGCUGAAAGACCACUUAAUGGAGGGGUAGAAGAAGAUGAUGACGAGGAUGAAGCAAAUGGGGGAGGUCUUGAAGCAUGGGAGAGAACUUAUGCGGAGGAUAGAUCAUGGGAAUCUUUGCAGGAGGAUGAAUCUGGGAUGCUUCGUCCAAUAGAUAAUAAGGCCAUUUACCAUGCUCAGUAUCGCAGGCGUCUUCGAGCUCUGGCUUCAACAGCAGGCGCUACUCGGAUUCAGAAGGGCCUUAUUCGCUACCUUUAUAUUGUUAUUGACCUGUCUAAGGCAGCAGCAGAGACAGACUUUCGUCCAUGUAGGAUGGCUGUGAUAGGAAAACAAGUUGAGGCGUUUAUCAGGGAAUUUUUUGAUCAGAACCCACUGAGUCAUGUUGGUCUUGUGACUAUCAAGGAUGGAGUUGCUCAUUGCUUAACAGAACUUGGUGGCAGUCCUGAGUCCCAUAUUAGAGCUUUGAUGUGUAAAAUGGAAUGCUCAGGUGACCCUUCCCUACAAAAUGCACUAGAACUUGUUCAUGGCUAUCUAGAUCAAAUUCCAUCAUAUGGUCAUCGAGAGGUUCUGAUCUUAUAUUCAGCUCUUAACACUUGUGAUCCUGGUGAUAUAAUGGAAACCAUCCAGAAAUGCAAAAAGGGUAAAAUAAGAUGCUCAGUCAUUGGUCUUGCUGCUGAAAUGUUUGUAUGCAGACAUCUUUGUCAAGAAACUGGAGGAACAUACUCUGUUGCAGUGGAUGAGGCCCACUUGAAAGAGCUAAUUCUUGAGCAUGCACCACCACCCCCAGCGAUAGCAGAGUAUGCUACUGCUAGUUUAAUCAAGAUGGGUUUUCCUCAAAGAGCAGCUGAGGGUUCCAUUGCAAUUUGUACAUGUCAUGAAGAGGCUAAGGAAGGUGGUGGAUACACUUGUCCAAGAUGCAAAGUACGUGUUUGUGAGCUUCCCACUGAAUGUCGUAUCUGUGGAUUGACUCUUAUCUCUUCACCCCACUUGGCAAGGUCAUAUCAUCAUCUCUUCCCAAUAGUGCCUUUUGAUGAGGUGUCUCCAUCAUCCCGAAAAGACCCACAUCAGAAGGCUCCCAACUCUUGUUUUGGGUGUCAACAAAGUCUUCUUAAUCCGGGAAACAAGCCCGGUCUUUCUGUUAUCUGCCCCAAAUGCAAACAGCAUUUCUGCCUUGAUUGCGACAUCUAUAUUCAUGAGAGCUUGCACAACUGCCCAGGCUGUGAGAGCUUCAGGCAUUCUAAGAUGGUCGCUGCAGAAAGAUUGCCGACCUCCUUUCUUCCAUAGCAUUGCUAUCUAAAAGAUCACUGUCUCGUUCUCAUGGCUCUGUAGCUUGGACUAGAAGGACUUGAUGAUAGGUUAUAGGUGCUGAUACAAUACUGACAGAUUGAAGUUGUCCAUAUAUAUGCUCUUUGAUCAGUCAUUUGGCCUGUAACACCAUAUACCUUUCAGGCAACUAGUAGAAGUGAGAAAAUUUAUACUAGCAUAGCAGUUAUUCAUCUUUUAACAAUCACAUCUUCCGAUCUCUUUCCCUCCUUCUUCUGUGAGAAUCCCAAGUCAUACCCUGAAGCUGAUAUGCCUUGCCAGCAUUUUAUGUUUGAGCUGACAAGACCGUGGUGCUAGCUGAUAGAGUUUGGUCAUUAAAUUAUUUGUUUACUUUGUAUGACAGUCAUAUUUGUUUUGUUUUGGUGAUUCCUGCUGUAGACAUCCAACUUCAGCUCUA